UGUUUUGCGCAUCUGGGGAGGAGGGCAUCCAUGGAUCCAGGAUCUGAAAAUAACCAACCAAACCCCAACCCCCCAACAGGUGGAAGUAUCACCUGUCUCCUCUCUGCUUAAUGCUCUGACAGCCAAGUUCAUGUUUGAACCACUCCCGCCUCUCGCGUAUAUAACAUUUGCCCCUCUCUUCUCCUAUGUUCCUCCUCUCUUACAAUACUUUCUACCUCUGCAGUCUCUCUCACCAAAUCGAAAUGAGUGAAGGUGAUGGAAGCCAUCCAGAUCGACCGGUUCCACGCCUGAAUGAACGCAUUCUUUCCUCCUUGUCGAGGAGAUCAGUUGCUGCUCAUCCUUGGCAUGACCUUGAAAUUGGACCUGAAGCUCCCCAAAUUUUCAAUUGUGUUGUUGAGAUAACAAAGGGAAGCAAGGUCAAGUAUGAACUUGACAAGAAGACUGGUCUCAUUAAGGUUGACAGGAUAUUAUACUCAUCUGUAGUCUAUCCUCAUAACUAUGGUUUCAUUCCCAGAACGUUAUGUGAAGACAAUGAUCCACUCGACGUGUUAGUUCUCAUGCAGGAACCAGUCGUUCCCGGUUGCUUUCUACGCGCAAGAGCCAUUGGACUGAUGCCCAUGAUUGACCAGGGAGAAAAAGAUGACAAAAUAAUCGCAGUCUGUGCGGAUGAUCCCGAAUAUAAGCACUAUACCGACAUCAAACAGCUUGCGCCUCACCGCCUUUCAGAAAUACGCCGCUUCUUUGAAGAUUACAAGAAGAACGAGAACAAAGAGGUUGCUGUGAAUGAUUUUCUACCCUCGUCCACCGCAACUGAAGCCAUUCAAUAUUCCAUGGAUCUUUAUGCAGAAUACAUUCUUCACACCUUGAGGCGAUAGGCAAAGUGUUGCUGCUGGUGGCCCAUUCAAUCUUUGGAGAUGUUGCAUCAAUUUUUUGUUCUUGUUGUUGUUGUUGGGGGUAUGAAUAACUUGUAAUUGACUGGUUGCUUGGACAUUCUGGUCCAGUCCAGGAUGUAGAGAAUAAGCAAAGUAGUAGUAUGCAUUGUCUAAGAUGGUAAUAAUGUAUUCUUGGGACAGAGGAAGAUGCUAUAUAAUCCAGCAUUGAGGUCCAAUCUAUCUCCGAAA